GUCCUCUUUUCGCUUCUCCCUUGCCCUUCACUCCUAGAGAGCCCUUCUUCCGUUCUCUUCAAACGCUCCUUAUCGUGUCCUUGACGGCACAUUCCACUCCUUUUUUUGAGACCCAAAUUGAUUCACUUCGUUAUUUAUCGGCCUGGUAUCCGGUUCUUCUUUCAAAGCCUUUCGCUAUCCACAAGGUCGAGUGCACGCAGCCGCCGACUGAACACACGCGCAACGCCUCUUUUUCUUCUUCUUCGUCGAUACAGCUUCAGCGAACAACAAGGAACUGGCUUGUCCAACCCCAACUCCGACUCCUCGGUUCGAAAUCUUGAAAGCAGCGCUGCUUCCCCCAGACUGGUUCUGACGCAAGCCGACAUACAUCACAUCUCUUCGUCCCUGGUGUCUGCAUUUCACAUUUGGAUCACCAUCAAUCUCCAAGUAAACUCUACAUCUCACAACAGCUUCAAGCAAAGAUAUUCCAACGUUCAAGAUGAAGUCCGCUUUCCUCUUGGCCACGGGCGCCAUUCUGGCUGCCGCCAUGCCGCUCGACAAGCGUGCUCUGGAGACUCAGUGGGUGACCGACAUUGUCACCGUCACCGUCACCGUCGACCCCUCUGCGCCCUCUUCGGCCGGUGGAGUCUUCAUCCAGGCCGUCUCUUCGCAGCCGGCUGCUACUCCCAGCCCCCAGGUCCAGGCGCCGGCUCCCAAGCCCGUCUAUGCCGCUCCUCCCCCGGCCGUCUCUUCCCCCAAGCCGGCCCCUCCUCCGCCUCCGCCAUCGCCGGCUCCGGCUGCUCCUCAGAUCUCAACCGUCAUCGUGGUUGAGACUCCCAAGUCUUCUCCUGCGCCGGCACCUUCACCCGAGGUUGCGGUCAAGUCUUCUCCCAAGCCUUCGCCCAAGCCUUCGCCGUCUCCUGUUGCCGCUGCUCCCAAGCCCGCUGCUUCUUCUCCCGCUGCCUCCAGCUCCAGCUCCAGCUCCAGCUCCAGCUCCAGCUCCAGCUCUGGUUCCAACGACUACCAGUCUGCCAUGCUCAACGAGCACAACAUUCACCGUGCCAACCACUCCGCGCCCGCUCUUGAGUGGGAUGAUCAGCUGGCUGGAUUUGCCCAAAUCACUGCCUCUGGCUGCGUUUUCGCUCACGACAUGACUGAGGGUGGCGGCUCUGUUUCCUACGGCCAGAACCUUGCCAGCUUUGGCUCUUCUGGUGACAUCAGCGGUGACCAGAUCCUGUCCGGUCGUCGUGGUGUCACUGACCAGUGGUACAAUGACGAGAUGGAGAACUGGACCUUCUACGGCCAGUCUAACCCUCCCUCUGGCCUUGACUUGGACGCCUUUGGCCACUUCACCCAAGUUGUCUGGAAGGGCUCCACCAAGGUUGGAUGUGCCACCGUUCAGUGCCCGUCUGGCUCUGUCCUCUCACUGCCCUCUUGGUACACCGUCUGCAACUACGGUCCCCCAGGAAACUUUGGUGGCGAGUACGGCGACAACGUUCUGGAGCCCCUUGGCCAGGCCCCCGUCACUGUUUAAAGACAGGCGCUUAGGCUCAACCCCAACCGGCACUUGCCUCUUUCUCCUGUCCAUGCAGACUUUUUAGGGACUCGGUCGUGGCAUCACAAUGGCGGUCGGGCUCCGGGAAGGGCUGAGAUGUGUGGCUAGGGUUUCGGAUUUUCGAAACAGUUUUUACGAAUUUCUUCGCUUCUCCAUUGUAUCUUAUGCGAUGACAUGUUGACAAUCUGGACUUGAUUUUUCUUUUCUUUUCUUCACACAAACAUUAGGAAAAAGCUCCUUGGCUGCUCCCAUUUCUUCCUUCUCGUUAGUCUUCUCGGCAAACUCAAAUGUGCAUGGCGUCGUUAUGAUGAGUAUACAGACGGAUCCAGGGCUGGUUAAGGGGCGCUAUGGGGCUGGGACAUGCCCGCGGUGUGCUGGAUUUGCACAGGGGGCAUUUCGAUUCUUUUCGGGGGACACUGCGAAGACUAUUGUUGGCACGGUUCGAUGGAGGUUUUUUUCUCUCGCAAUGGACGUCGACAAUGGACAGAGCAGGACACCCUUGACACUAGGGAUUUUCUUCUUGGUUCAUUUUUUUACAUAUGAGCACGGCGGUGCUUGUUUUCCUCUGUGAAUAGACGCAAUGACCAUAGACAUUACGCGAAAUGCAGCUGAGAUGUUUUAUGGCA